AUGGUAUGCCCUCGACUUGAUUCGGCCACAUAUUUCCCUCCUAGAGACAUGUCUUGUUAUAAUAUAAGGACCGGCAGGACAGAAGAAAAGAUGGUUUCAAAGAGGUUUCUGUUCAAUGCCUCUGCUAUCUCUACUCUCAAAGACAAGUAUGCAAAUGAAAUACAACCCACUAGGGUUGAAGCACUUUCCGCUUUCAUAUGGAGUAGAUUCGUUGUUGCAACGAGUGAUCAAGUAGAGGCAGAGGCAGAGGCAGAGACGAGUAUUACAAGACUCUAUUUGGUGAUUCAUGGAUUAGACUUGCGCAUGAGAAUGAAUCCCCCUCCAACAGAGUCUUAUUUUGGCAAUUUUAGUUGGGUUGUAAUGAUCAUGCCAUCCAUGGACAAGACUGUGGAAGAGGGUUAUGGGUUUGUGACAAAAAUGAGGGAAGCAGUAAAGAAAACUAAAGACAGUGAUUAUGUGGAAACAAUUCAAGAGGGUGACACACUCUUCAGUUCUAUGAAAAGAAAGGGAGAUGAUAAAUGA